CAAGAAAAAAAGAAGAGCGCACCCCUUAUUAUUAUUCGUGGCUUCAAAGGACACGAAUCAUAAAUUCAUAACCUUAUCAUCAACCAAAAAGAGCGCACCCCUUAUUUCCUACUCUAUUCAGCUGGAAUAAGUUACAGUGAUAAUAAUAUUAUUAGGAUUGAAGUUAAGCAGAAAUGGGUGCGAUAAAACUAUUGGAAUUAGCUCUGUUUUUGAACCUGUUUUCAAACCCUGCAUUAUUUUGUGGGAAAGAAAAACCUCAAUCAUUUCCACCAUCAUGUAAUCGAAUCGAAUGCCCGAGUUAUGAUUUGAUAGAGGAAGGAAAUGGGUUUGAAAUCCGUCGUUAUAAUUCAUCAGUUUGGGCGUCUACUUCCAAAAUUGAUGACAUCUCUCUUGUUCAGGCUACCCGUACUGGCUUCUUGCAGCUAUUCAACUAUAUUCAAGGGAAAAACGACGACAAGAAAAAAAUAGAGAUGACAGCACCAGUGAUCACCCAAGUCUCCCCUAGUGAUGGACCUUUAUGUGAAUCUUCAUUUGUGGUGAGCUUCUAUGUUCCAAAGGAGAACCAGGCAAACCCACCAUCUUCCAAAGGGCUGCACAUCCAGAAGUGGGAACCAACUUAUGUUGCAGUCAGACAGUUCGGGGGUUUUGUCUCUGACUAUGCAGUUGGAGAGGAAGCUGCGAUAUUGCAGAGCAGCCUUGCAGGGUCGAAAUGGGCAGCUGCCAUCGAAAAGAGCCAAAAAGAUAAUCCCAAGACGAGUUACACCGUUGCUGGCUAUAAUUCUCCAUUUGAAAUUUUCAAUAGGGUGAAUGAGAUAUGGUUUAAUUUUGACAUGGACAAUGUUGCUGAUAUGUGAAUGUGGUGAUCGUUGUAGCUACAACAAAACCGGGCUCUGUAACACUCAAAUUAAUACUCUUAUAUGAGAAUUACCUUCUGAUGUCUUCA